UCCCGGCAGUGCCGGUGCCGGUCCCGCCGCCGCCAUCGCCAUGAGGAGCCGGAGCAACUCGGGCGUGCGCCUGGACGGCUACGGGCGCCUGGUGCAGCAGACCAUCCUCUGCCACCAGGACGCGGUGACGGGGCUGCUCCCCGCCAGCGGCGACCACCGGGAUGCCUGGGUCCGGGACAACGUGUACAGCAUCCUGGCGGUCUGGGGGCUCGGCCUGGCCUACCGCAAGAACGCCGACCGCGACGAGGACAAGGCCAAGGCCUACGAGAUGGAGCAGAGCGUGGUGAAGCUGAUGCGGGGACUGCUCCAGUGCAUGAUGAGACAGGUGGACAAGGUGGAGGCCUUCAAGUAUACCCAGAGCACCAAGGACUGCCUGCAUGCCAAGUAUAACACCCAGACCUGUGCCACUGUGGUGGGAGACAACGAGUGGGGUCACCUACAGCUGGAUGCCACCUCCCUUUACCUGCUCAUGCUGGCGCAAAUGACGGCCUCAGGCCUCCACAUAAUUCACAGCUUGGAUGAAGUCAACUUUAUCCAGAACCUCGUGUUUUACAUUGAAGCCGCCUACAAGACCGCGGACUUCGGGAUUUGGGAGCGCGGGGACAAGACAAACCAGGGCAUCACCGAGUUGAAUGCCAGCUCUGUCGGCAUGGCCAAGGCUGCCCUGGAGGCACUGGAUGAGCUGGAUCUCUUUGGAGCCAAGGGAGGCCCAGAGUCAGUCAUACGGGUGCUGUCAGAUGAGGUGCAGCACUGCCAGUCCAUCCUCCACUCAAUGCUGCCCAGGGCCUCCACAUCCAAGGAGGUGGAUGCCAGCGUGCUCUCUGUCAUCUCCUACCCGGCGUUUGCUGUGGAGGACAGCGAGCUGGUGGAAAUCACCAAGCAGGAGAUCAUCACGAAGCUGCAGGGGCGCUAUGGCUGCUGCCGCUUCCUCCGGGAUGGAUACAGGACCCCCAAAGAGGACCCCAAACGCCUCUACUAUGAACCCGCUGAGCUGAAGCUGUUUGAGAACAUCGAGUGCGAGUGGCCUCUCUUCUGGGCAUACUUGAUGAUUGAUGGGAUUUUCAAUGGAAACAUAGAGCAGGUGCAGGAGUACCGGGAAGCCCUUGAGGGGGUUCUCAUCAAGGGGAAGAAUGGGAUACGCCUGAUGCCAGAGCUGUACAGUGUCCCACUGGAUAAGGUGGAUGAGGAGUACAGGAACCCCCACACUGUGGACAGGAUACCCAUGGGCAAGCUGCCGCACAUGUGGGGGCAGUCCCUCUACAUCCUGGGCUGCCUGAUGGCUGAGGGGUUUCUGGCUCCUGGUGAAAUAGAUCCCCUCAACCGCCGGUUCGCGACUGUCCCUAAGCCUGAUGUGGUGGUUCAAGUGUGCAUCCUGGCUGAGACAGAGGGGAUCAAGGCAAUCCUGAAGAAGGAGGGCAUUGACGUGGAGACUGUGGAAGAUGUCUACCCCAUCAGAGUGCAGCCUGCCCGCAUCCUCAGCCACAUCUAUGCCCGGCUGGGCCGCAACAAGCAGAUGAGCCUGACUGGACGGCCCUACCGGCACAUGGGUGUCCUUGGGACCUCCAAGCUCUACAAAAUCAGGAAGAACAUCUUUACCUUUACCCCACAGUUCAUAGACCAGCAGCAGUUCUACCUGGCUCUUGACAACAAGAUGAUUGUGGAGAUGCUGAGGACGGACCUCUCCUAUCUCUGCAGCCGCUGGAGAAUGACUGGGCAACCAACCAUCACCUUCCCCGUCUCCCACAUCAUGCUCGAUGAAGCCGGCAGUAGUGUGCACCCCACGGUGCUGGCGAUGCUGCGGAAGCUGCAGGACGGGUAUUUCGGCGGCGCAAGGAUCCAGACGGGUAAACUGUCGGAGUUCCUGACAACGUCAUGCCGAACACAUCUCAGUUUUAUGGACCCUGGGCCAGAGGGUAAGGUCUUUGCCGAGAGUUACAGGCUCUGCAGUGACAGCUUUGAGGAGCUGGACAGCGAGGAGUGGCUGCAUGGCUUGCAGGUAGCAGAGGAGGAGGAUGCCUACGAUGAGGUUGCCCAGUACCUGGACCACCUGCUGCAGCACACGACUCCCCAGGCCAACCUGCCCCCCACUGCCCAGCGGGGAGGGCUGAGCCGCUUCCGGGCUGCUGUCCACACCACCCGUGACCUCAUGUCCCUGGCAUCCAAGGCCAAGGACCUGCAUGUCCAGAAUGUUGGGUUGUAUGUCCCCAGCAAGAUCUUCCAGGCAUCCCAGCAGUCGGUUAACCUGCUGGGUUCACCCUGCCAGCAUGACAUGGAUGGCAAGAGCCAUGCAGUCUAUGCAGAGAUGAACCUGCCCCGUGACGUGGAUGGCAGCGUGGACUGCAAGGCACUGGUGGACCAGCUGCGCGUCUGCCCCACGCUGCAGGAGCAAGCAGACAUCCUCUACAUGCUCUACUUGCUCAGGGGGCCCGAGUGGCACACGGGGCUUGAUAGCGAGCCUGGCCCCACUGUCAAGGAGCUCCUCACUGAGCUGUAUGUGCGGGUGGGGGAGACACGCCAGUGGGCCCUGAUCCGCUACAUCUCUGGCAUCCUCAAGAAGAAGGUUGAAGCUCUGGAUGAGGCCUGCACUGACCUCCUGUCUCACCAGAAGCAGUUGACUGUGGGGCUGCCCCCAGAGCCACGUGAGAAGACAAUCUCCACCCCCGUCCCCUACGAAGAACUUGUUCACCUCAUUGAUGAAGCCAGUGAGAAGAACCUCAGUGUGGCCAUCCUCACCCAGGAGAUCAUGGUGUACUUGGCCAUGUACAUACGCACACAGCCUGCGCUCUUCGUGGAGAUGUUCCGCAUCCGCAUUGGGCUCAUCAUCCAGGUGAUGGCCACAGAGCUGGCACACUCCCUGCGCUGCUCGGCCACAGAAGCCACGGAGAACCUGAUGAAUCUCAGCCCAUCAGACAUGAAGAGCCUCCUCUACCACAUCCUCUCUGGCAAGGAGUUCGGAGUGGAAAAGAGCACCCGUCAGUUUGCAGUCCAGGGACAUCGACCUCAAGUCCGCUCUGGUAACCUGUGUUUGUUGGCUGCAUGCAUGGGGUCCGUCCUGUUUGUGAUGGUGGGAAGGAGCUGUGCUCUGGGGGGUGCUGUAAGGUGGGCUCUGCUGGGGGCAGGGGGUGGGAGCUCUGUCAGACUGGAGAAGCAGAAACUCUUGAGCAGUAGCAGGUUGUGCUCUUGUGGGGUAUUUAACUUUGCAGCAGUCUCUGUGGUCCUUGUUUUGUCUGCCCAGUCUGCUGGGCAUGCUGAGCUGCUGGACAAGGACUCCUUUUCAAGCAUGCUGGAAGACCAGGGCAGUAAGGACAGCCGGCAGGGCCAGUGGCAGCGGAGGCGGCGGCUGGAUGGGGCCCUCAACCGUGUCCCUGUGGGCUUCUACCAGAAGGUCUGGAAGGUCCUGCAGAAGUGCCACGGCCUGUCUGUGGAGGGCUUUGUUCUCCCCUCCUCAACAACCAGAGAGAUGACCCCAGGGGAAAUGAAGUUUGCUGCACAUGUGGAGUCUGUCCUCAACCGCGUGCCCCAGCCAGAGUACAGGCAGCUGCUGGUGGAAGCUAUCUUGGUGCUCACCAUGCUGGUGGACAUGGAGGUGCACACCAUCGGUGGCAUCAUAGCUGUGGAAAAGAUCUUGCACAGAGCCAAUGACCUCUUCUAUGAGGAGCAGAAAGCCCUGGGUGCUGACGACCGCGUGUUGGAGAGGGAUCCUUCGACAGGCAUCUGCAUCCUGCUGUACGACAGUGCCCCGAGCGGCCGGUUCGGCACCAUGACCUACCUGUCCAAGUCGGUGGCCUUGUACGUGUACGACUUCCUGCCCUCAGACGGCUGCUCCAUGCAGUAGCUCUCGCAGCUCCUCGCUGGGUUGCAGAUGCUGCGGGAGGGUUGUUUCGUACAGCUUGUAAAGACGAACACUAGGUUAGUUUGCAGGCAGCCUGCGUGGCCAUCUCUCCUCCCAGCCCUGGCCUCUCAGUGGGUGAACGGCCCUCUGAGGAGCCCUGCAGGCGGCACGUGUCCUAAACUGACCUGUGCCUGUGUGUGGCCUGAGGAGCAAGGGAAAGGCUGAGCUUUGAAGCCUGCGUUUGUUAGAAGUGUCUGCCUGCAUGGCUCCUCCUGAGCCAUCACCCCCAGAGGGACCUCUGUUUGAGGCAGUUGACCAGACCUGCCUGCAGCUCAGCACUGCAGUGCUCCCUGACCAGCUCAUGCUCUCCCUGCCUCCAGCAGGUUUGCAGUUUUUAA